CGCCGGGUGCGCGCAAGGCAGCGCGCGGCCCCGAGCGAGGGAAGGAGGGGUUGGUGACAGUGCGGAGCGAUUGCCAGCGUCCGCGCCCCGGGAGCGGACGGACGGAAGAGAAGGUCCGCCAGACGCCCGGUCUGCUGCCUGACCCCUUCGGACUCAAACCCCGAGCCGAGCGGCCGCGGCUUCUGGUUGGUUGAAGGGAGACGCUACGGCCACCCCAGGAAGAUGUUUAACGUGGAGUCUGUGGAGCGGGUGGAGCUGUGCGAGAGCCUGCUCACUUGGAUCCAGACCUUUCAUGUGGAUACACCAUGCCAGACCGUGGAAGAUUUAACGAAUGGCGUUGUAAUGUCCCAGGUUCUUCAGAAGAUAGAUCCUGCAUAUUUCGAUGAUAAUUGGCUAAACAGAAUCAAAACUGAAGUAGGAGACAAUUGGAGGUUAAAGAUCAGCAAUUUAAAGAAAAUUUUAAAAGGCAUCUUGGAUUACAAUCAUGAGAUUUUAGGACAGCAGAUUAAUGAUUUUACCCUUCCUGAUGUGAACCUCAUUGGGGAGCAUUCGGAUGCAGCAGAGCUCGGAAGGAUGCUCCAGCUCAUUCUAGGCUGUGCUGUGAACUGUGAGCAGAAGCAAGAGUACAUUCAAGCCAUUAUGAUGAUGGAGGAAUCUGUUCAGCAUGUCGUCAUGACAGCCAUUCAAGAGCUAAUGAGUAAAGAGUCUCCUGUCUCUGCUGGACAUGAUGCCUAUGUUGAUCUCGAUCGCCAGUUGAAGAAAACUACCGAAGAACUAAAUGAAGCUUUGUCAGCAAAGGAAGAAAUUGCUCAAAGAUGCCAUGAAUUAGAUAUGCAGGUUGCAGCACUGCAAGAGGAGAAAAGUAGUUUAUUGGCAGAAAAUCAGAUACUAAUGGAACGACUCAAUCAAUCUGAUUCUAUAGAAGAUCCCAAUAGUCCAGCAGGAAGAAGACAUUUGCAACUUCAGACUCAGUUAGAACAGCUGCAAGAAGAAACAUUCAGACUAGAAGCAGCCAAAGACGAUUAUCGAAUCCGCUGUGAGGAGUUAGAAAAAGAAAUCUCCGAGCUUCGGCAGCAGAACGAUGAGCUGACCACUUUGGCAGAUGAAGCUCAGUCUCUAAAGGAUGAAAUAGACGUUCUCAGACACUCUUCUGAUAAAGUAUCUAAACUAGAAGGUCAAGUCGAAUCUUAUAAGAAGAAGCUGGAAGACCUUGGCGAUUUGAGGCGGCAGGUUAAGCUCUUGGAAGAAAAGAAUACGAUGUACAUGCAGAACACUGUCAGUCUGGAGGAAGAAUUAAGAAAAGCUAAUGCCGCCCGGGGUCAGCUUGAGACAUACAAGAGACAAGUUGUAGAGCUGCAAAAUAGAUUAUCUGACGAAUCAAAGAAAGCAGAUAAGUUAGAUUUUGAAUAUAAGCGGCUAAAAGAAAAAGUUGAUGGUCUUCAGAAAGAAAAAGAUAGGUUAAGAACAGAAAGAGAUUCUCUGAAGGAAACCAUUGAAGAGUUGCGUUGUGUGCAGGCUCAGGAGGGGCAGCUCACGACUCAAGGGUUAAUGCCUCUGGGAAGCCAGGAAUCUUCAGACAGCCUUGCAGCAGAGAUUGUUACACCGGAAAUCAGGGAGAAACUUAUUCGUCUUCAACAUGAGAAUAAGAUGUUAAAACUCAAUCAAGAGGAUUCAGACAAUGAGAAAAUUGCCUUAUUGCAGAGCCUUCUAGAUGAUGCAAAUCUACGCAAGAAUGAGCUGGAGACCGAGAACAGGCUUGUGAAUCAGAGACUUCUAGAAGUACAGUCACAAGUAGAAGAACUGCAAAAAUCUUUGCAGGAUCAAGGUUCAAAAGCAGAAGAUUCAGUUCUUCUAAAAAAGAAGCUUGAAGAACAUCUAGAGAAGCUGCAUGAAGCCAACAAUGAAUUGCAGAAAAAGAGAGCCAUUAUUGAAGAUCUCGAGCCAAGAUUUAACAACAGCUCCUUAAGAAUUGAAGAACUGCAAGAGGCUUUACGGAAGAAAGAAGAAGAAAUGAAGCAAAUGGAAGAACGCUAUAAAAAAUACUUAGAGAAGGCCAAGAGUGUUAUCCGUACAUUAGACCCUAAACAGAAUCAAGGAGCAGCACCAGAAAUUCAAGCUCUUAAAAAUCAACUGCAGGAACGGGACCGACUCUUCCACUCAUUAGAGAAAGAAUAUGAGAAAACGAAGAGUCAAAGAGACAUGGAGGAGAAAUACAUUGUCAGUGCCUGGUACAAUAUGGGAAUGACUCUACAUAAAAAGGCGGCUGAAGACAGACUAGCUAGCACAGGUUCAGGGCAGUCAUUUCUGGCUAGGCAAAGACAAGCAACCAGCACAAGAAGAUCCUACCCAGGCCAUGUCCAGCCAGCCACAGCAAGGUAGAGAGGUCCUGCCACUAGGGAUUUUUAAAAAGCAUACUUCUGUUACAUAUAACAACAUUUCAGGAAAUUCAGCCAGCUUGUUUUCUUUCUCUCCUGUGUUAAUAUUUAGUGUUUCUCAUGAGGAUUCCUCUCUCUCGUAUCUUUAGUUACUUUGUCCUUUACUUUGUGGUCUUUUCAGUUCCUUUUAAUGUGCCAAAAAUUUGUAAAUGUACAAUUAAAAGUGUUGUAUAAUAGUGUAAUACUUUUUCUUUGUAUGAAAAUGUCUUCUUCCCCAUUUGUGUGGGCUUUGUAAAGAAUCGGGUUUUCUGCCAAUAAUUGAUACACAAUUUAUAUUCUUUAUCGUGCCUACUGUGUUACCAUACUUUAUAAGAAUGUCUUUGUUUAAAGGGAAUUAAUCUUUUUAUGGUGUAUUAAUCUGUGUUUUCAAUUGUUUUCCAAAUGCACUUCAGAUAACUUAAAUAUUUACUGUACUAUACAAAGUGGUGUCAAAUGCACUUUUUGCAAAGACGACUACAUUGGCAGAGGUGCUAGUCAGGCCUGUGGCACCUGGCAGGAUCACUCAGAGGGAAGAAAUUAAACUUAUUCUAAGGUUUGAAGUUCUUAUAUGAAAUUUCAUUCUUUCCUGCUGUAUUGUUUGCUGGCAGAAGUGAAAUUGGUGAAGAUAUUUGGGUAGAAAUUACAGAGAAGAAGAACUUGGCAGGAUUUUUUUUCCUUCCUUUGGAAUAUCUUAGUAGCUAAGAAUCAGAUUCUAGCCAUGCACUUUUAAUUGCUCUCCACAUGUAAAAGAUUUAUUUUCAUAUAGGUAGCCUUAUCUUUGGGGCAGUUCUUUGACUAUGCCUCAUAUGUUUUAUAUAUUCUGUGAGACUUUCCUUUUCUUAAUUAACCUUGAUAGCUAGCAUCUUAAUGUGAUUUAUUAACAUCAGCACAUGACUCGGUAUGUAAUGUUAUGACAGAGCUCUUUAUAGUUCCUCUUCGCUCUACCUACAACUCCAAGAAUUGGUAACAGGAGAGAUUUUCUUGGUAUUUGGUUGUUCAAAGUGCUUACAUUAUAUGCCACAUUUAUUUACAUAGAUGAAUGUCUAUUAAGCAAUCAAGUGAAGUACUUCGUCUAUAUAAGGAAUUAUAUAAUUUUAAACUAUCAUUUAUUUGAAAAUAAUCUACCUUUGUCUUUUUCUACAUUGAUUUGUGAAUUUGAUCCCAAAUUAUAUUGAAGGUUUCCUCCAGCCUUUUUCUUGUUUCAUGCCAUAUUUUUUGAAAGAAAAAAUAUGAAAUUAGGUCAGAGGGUUCUUUAGUUUGUUUUUUACAUAAAUCGUCUUAAGUGGAAGAUGUUAUUUAUGGACUUGGUGUUUGGAAGUUCUGGUGUCAUUUAGUUCUGUAUAAAAGACAAAUAACUAACUCAACUUUACUGUGAUGAAGAAUUUUCAGAAACCAUAUUCAAGUGCUUCAUUUUAACUCCCUCCUGUUUUAUAGGAAAAUUGACCUAGAAAUUCAUCCUGCAUGUUUUGUCUUGGUUUUGUAGACAAGAGUCUUUAUGUAACCCAGGCUGCCGUGAACACAUGAUCUUCUUGGAUUAUAGGCAUGAAUUGUAGGAUUUUUUUUUUCCUUGAAAGGACACUAUUCAUCAUGAAGCAUUUCUUUAAAAAAAAAAAAAAAACUCACAAAAACAAAAACAACUCUCCCAACAAAUGUUCAAGCAGGCUGUGAGGCAUCCGCCUGGGCAGACCAAAGCAGCAGGCACAGGAGACAGUGGAGAGCGCUAUGGUGGGACCGAGAGCAGCAGGCACAGGAGACAGUGGAGAGCGCUAUGGUGGGACAGUGCUCUGUGGGAUUUCAGGUACCUGACACUCGAGGUCUGCUUUUUGUUGUUGUUGUUUUAAGACAAUCUAGCGAUAUUAUCCAGACCUUCCUCAAAUUCUUUGACUCAAGACUAUUCUCCUGCCUCUGCCUCCCAAGAGGCUGAGAUUAAGGUAUGUGCCACCAUGUCCACAGGGUAGAUCGAGUUUGAAAAUAAAAGAACAAAAACUGGGGCCAGCACAAUGGCUCAGCAGGAAGAGUAACACUUGCCUGAGCUCACUUCCUGGGGCCUAGGUGAUAGGGAACAGCAACUCCCGGGGGUUGUCCUCGGGUCUCCACACUCAACAGAUGCCAACAGACGCCAGUGCACACACAAAUAAGUAUGCUUGAAAGGGUUUAAAUAGUUCUCACUCUACCUUUAGCUCACAGAAUAUCUGAGAUUCAACCACUUGUAAAUCAAAUUAGUCUAUGGUUCCUACUCCUUACAAGAUUAUUGGUUGUUGAGAAAUUAUACCUGGAGAAUAAAGUGAAUGUGAAUACAAGAGACUGUUGAAGCUACCCUUCAAUAGAUCUUACCCUGAGGUAAAACAGCUCACUGUUUUGAUUUUUAUUUUCUCUUCACCUGCCCGCUCUAUAGACAUACCCACCUACCCGGAUAUUUUAUGCAGAUGUUUUAGAAAGGCCUCAAGCUUUCAGAAGGAAGUUUAGCUUCUGCUUUUUGUUUUGUUUUGUUUCCAGCAUCUGUUUUGUGCUAAUUUCGGUGUCUGUAGCCUUCUCUGUUGUUUGCUCUGUCUUUAAUGUUUGGUGGAUUUCCUUCAGUAAAUGGGAGAAAUAUCGCUCAUGAUAUUUCAGAAUAAAAUAAAACAUGCUUUCAUAAGAAACAGCAUCCGUCUAUACUUUAGACGUCAUAAAGCCAGGAACACAAGUUACCUGUGGCAGUGGCACCUUUGCCACUGUGUGGCUUAGGUCAGGAUUCAGGGGACUACAGUUUCUCCCGUAGAGAUCAGGGAACUUGCAGGUGCUCUGGUGAUGUGUGGUAAGCCUCCUGUGCUUGCCCCAUGGAUCUUGUCCUGGCAUUAGCAAGGGAUGAGGACACUGUCACUGUGUCAGGUAGGGAGGACCUGUCACCAGCAUCUGAGUUCUUAUAAUAAGCUUAUUUUCUGUGCCUUCUAACCAGGGUUUACCAAGUAAAAAGAAAAAAGUAAAGCAGACGACUAAAAAAAAAUGACCAUUUUUGUUCUACAGUAUUAUUGAUCUUAUUAGGAUUAAUAAGAAAACAAUCCAGUAAAUGUAAUCAUUUCUAGCAUCUGAAAUGAAGAUAACUAAUACACUUAUAUUAAAUAUUUAAAAAUAUUUUUUUAAAAACCUAUGCCUGGAGCGUUGGCUCAGCAUUUAAGAGCAUGUAUUGUAUAGCACAGGUGCAGUUCCUGACGUGGAAGCUCAUAGCCAGCCAUCUCUAACUCCAGUUUCAGGGAAUCUUCCAAUGAUAUCUUCUGACCUCCAUGGGCACUAGGCACACAU